ACGUUCCUUCUUGCUGCCAGCUCAGCAGCAGUGACCACGAUAUUACCCCCCAAGGCCCGAGAGCCGAACUAAUUAUUAACGACCACGGACAGAAGAGAGAGAAGAGAUAAAAUAAAGAAAGAAAAGAAAAACAGACAGAACGCAAUUCAAGAAGGGUCCGCCCGGAAGAGGAAAGAAAACCCAGCAACCCAUCCCCUAAACCCCGACGAGCCAACCCCCGUCAGCAAAGCUGCUCUCUGGACGCCCAGUGUCGAACAUCGUCCCGUCUCUCGCCCAACACCCAGCCUCCUUUCGUUCCCUCACCCCUCGCUCCCUUACCACCUUACUCGCUUCACUGCGCCGACAAGGAGGACCGCAAAAAAACAAAAACAAAAAAAAAGACGAGGUUGAACAGCAUCGCAGGAAGCUCCUUGCCUCAGCAACGCGCGCUACCCCGGACACUCCACCGAUGCGAACCCAGCCAUCCGCAAACUUGAGCCUCGACUCCCUUUCUUGUUCCUGCGUUCCUGCGUUCCUGCAUCCGCUGCAUCAUCCCCAACGCGCCUCACCCGACUCGGCUCCAGUCAACAGGCGACACCAUCUCGGUCCCUGCAUCGCCCUCACGACCAAAAAAUCGCCUUUUUCAUUAUUGUGACGAAAACGACCCUAUCCUCGACGAACGAAACGAUUCAAUUGAUACCUCCUAGAGACCAAGGCGCACUGGAAACGAGUUACGAGCGAGUCUUUUCCAUCUGCCGCUCAGCGUGCAGGCCGUGAUUUGAUCCGUCAUGGCUUUCCUCUUCAAAUCUAAGAAGAACCAGGAUCGAGCUCUUGCAAGCCGCGAUGGAAACUCUGGUGGUGGCUCCCAAGGGUCCAUCCAGAGCCAGCGCGAGAGGAUAGCCAGAGAAGAGAAGAGCGGAACCCAGCGCUCGACACCGACAGGCAGCUUGAAUUCAAUCGACCGUGAUGGAAGUGCUGGUGCUGGAAGCCCAGACCAAGGGUAUGGCCGCCAGCGAGGUACCAGCCUAGAUCAGGUGCCGUCGCAACCACAGACAAGCGAUUUACCUCUUCGUAACGGGCCUCCGGUCUCUUCGCAAAACCAAAUGCCCCAACAACAAAUGAUGAACCCCAAUGCGUCGCUAUACCCCUGGUCACAACGGCGAUUGACCUAUACGUCCUCGCACCCGAGCCCUUUCCCUCGAUAUGGAGCCGCUGUCAACUCAGUGUCCUCCAAGGAGGGUGAUAUUUACGUAAUGGGAGGCUUAAUCAACAGCUCAACGGUCAAAGGCGACUUGUGGAUGAUUGAGGCAGGGCAGAACAUGGCCUGCUACCCUCUGGCAACGACCGCCGAGGGACCUGGCCCAAGGGUCGGACACGCAAGCCUACUUGUCGGCAACGCCUUCAUAGUCUACGGCGGCGAUACCAAAGUCGACGAAAUGGAUGUUCUCGACGAGACGCUGUACCUUCUCAACACAUCUACGAGACAAUGGUCGCGAGCCUUGCCCGCCGGCACCAGGCCGUCUGGUCGCUACGGUCACUCCCUGAACAUCCUCGGAUCCAAGAUCUACAUUUUUGGUGGUCAGAUUGAGGGUUACUUUAUGAACGAUCUCGCCGCCUUCGACCUGAACCAGCUGCAGAUGCCCAACAACCGGUGGGAGAUGCUUAUUCAAAACACCGACAGUGGUGGACCCGCCGUCGGCAAAAUCCCCGCUGCUCGAACGAACCAUUCCGUUGUGACAUUUAAUGACAAAAUGUACCUUUUCGGUGGCACCAACGGAUACCAAUGGUUCAACGACGUCUGGAGCUACGAUCCCGCCACAAACGAGUGGUCACAGCUGGACUGCAUCGGUUACAUCCCAGUCCCUCGCGAAGGACAUGCUGCAUCCAUAGUCGACGAUGUGAUGUACAUCUUCGGUGGUCGUACGGAAGAGGGCGUUGACUUGGGAGACCUGGCCGCUUUCAGAAUCACCUCGCGCCGCUGGUACACUUUCCAGAAUAUGGGACCGUCGCCGUCUCCUCGAUCUGGACACAGCAUGACAACUGUUGGCAAGGCCGUGGUGGUUGUUGGCGGCGAGCCAAGCUCAUCCCCCGCUAGUGUUGGUGAUCUCGGCAUAGUCUAUAUGCUCGACACCACAAAGAUUCGGUAUCCGAAUGACGCCCAAGCCGCGCAACAACCCGGAGGGCAACAGCGAAUACAGCAAGCGAGACGACCCAGCACCGCUGCUGAAACGAGGAACUUGCUAUCCCGAGAUGGUUCUGCCGGCCCGCCUGACCAGAGAAGGCUUAUUGGGGCGCCUCGCGACGGCUCGGCUGUAAACAGCCCUACCAAUGGAGUGCGAGGAUCGCCUAACGGCAGCGACACGAACCCCGUAGCCGUCAACGCUUCGAAGCUUCCGAGAUCAGCAGCGGCUUCGCCUCCCGCCGGACCACCUCCUCAAGGCCCGACACCAGCAAAGCCUUCGGUACAGACUGGGAACCUCGCUAGAGUUCGCGGUCAGUCAUCAGAAAGAGAUGGUUCCGUGGGCGGCUCGCCGCAAAUUGCGGCAAGCCAAUCGCCAGUGAUUCGAGAGGCACAGGAGCCAGCUUCCAAGGACGCAGAGAGCCCGGUCACCAACGGCCGAUCCCCUCAGCAAGUUACGAGGUCUGGCUCUGGCUCUGGCUCAAGGUCUGACUCUGUGCCUUCCGAAUCUUCUAAACCCAGGUCUAGGCAGGGCAGCAGGUCUCAGACCUCUGUGGAUAGUACGACUGAGCCGGCUCUGAAAGCAAUGCAAGCCCAGCAAGCCGCAGUACAACCGCCGCCGCCUCAGGUGCAAGCGCCGCCGCCGCAACAACCGAUGCCGCAACAGCAGCUGCCGCAACCUCCAGUGCAACAACAGCAAGCCAUCCGCCCCGCUUCACCACCUCCUCCCACGCGCCAAGCCAGCAACCCAUUGUCUAGAAGAUCCUCGGGCCGCAACUCACAGACUGUGGCUUUGCUGAAGGAGCUGGAUACAGCUAGAAACCGCAAUGCUUGGUAUGCUUCAGAGCUUGAGUUGGCUCGCAAGGCUGGAUAUGUUCCCAAUGCGAGCCUCAGUCCCGUUCUUGACAGCAGGGCAGCCGAGACCUUCGACGACGAAGACAAGCCCCUGAUUGAGGCACUUCUGGCGAUGCGAACAGAGCUUGCUAACGUUCAAGCCUCCGUCGACAAGCAAGCUGUGCUCGCUGCCAAGCAGAUCGCAGAAGCAGAGAAGCAGCGAGACGCUGCUAUUCAAGAAGCAGUGUAUGCGAAGGCAAGGCUUGCGGCCCAGAUGGGCGGUAGCGUUGCAAGCACUCCUCAGCUGGAUGGCGAGCGCGAUGUCGACGACCGCUCCACGGAGAUCAGCAGGAAAUUGGCUUCUGCCCUCAAACACCAGAAAGAACUACAGGCACAGCUUGAGAUGAUGAAAUCGGAACUCGAUGCUGAGAAGCGUGCACGCCAAUUGGCCGACGACACCACCAAUGCCUCCCAGAAGCGAAUGAGCGAGCUUGAAUCGUACAAGACAAUGACUUCCACGGAACUCGAACAACUCAAGGCCGAAUUGCACAUGAUCCAGAAAGAGGCAAGGGAGCAAGCGGUUCAGUACACGGAAGCCAUGGCUGCCAUCCAGCUCAUGACGGUUGAGAAAGAGGACUUCGAGGCCAAGUACAACAAAUCCAUCGGGAACUCAAAGGAGCAGAACGAGACUUUCGACUCCCUGCGCGAGGCCAUGGCGGCUUCCGCCGAGAUGAAAGCACUUCUGGAGAGCAAGCUCGAGGAGGAGCGUUCGCAGAGGGAGAAACUCGAGUCGAAGCUCAGUAAGCUGAAGACGGAGCAUGAAACCCGCACAGCAGAGCUUGUGGCGGCGACUCAGCGACUGCGUGAUGCCGAAGAGAUUGCCGAGAAGCACGCAAAAGAGGCCAAACUUCACCAACUGGCGGUACUCGCUGGUUUCGACAAGGUCACCGCAAGAGACAUUGGAUCCGACAGCAAGGCCGACACUGAGAGGCUCAAGGUGAUGCAGGACCAACUCAACGCAGCCAACAUUCUGGUUAAAAAAUACCAACAGGAGGCCGAUGCCGCAGCUGACAAGCUUCGCACUGCCGAGGAGCGGAUCGCCGGCUUGGAGGUGUACCAGGAGCAGUCUAGCCGUGAAGGCGUAGCAAUCAGGAGGCAGCUCCAGGCGGCUUUGAGGGAUACUCAGUCUUUGCAAGCCAAGAACUCGGAUUUGAAGCACCAGCUCCAGAACCAGCAGCUAGAAACCAACGCGAUGACUGUGCAGCACAACACCUUGAAGGACAUUCUGGUCGAGCGUGGCAUCAGCCCCACCGGUAUGUCGCGGACCCGCAGUAUCGGCAGCCCUCGCGUCAACACACCCGACCAAGUACGCAUCCGGGAUCUCGAGGAUCAGCUCAACGCUGCUCUUUCCGCCCACGAAGAGAAUGCGCAGCGCAGCGCGGCUCAACAAGAGGCCAGCGAAGCCGCUUAUCGUGAGAAGCUCACCCAACUCGAGAACGACUAUCAGUCUGCUGUGCACUACGUUAAGGGCACCGAAAAGAUGCUGAAGCAGCUGAAGGAACAGCUCGCCAGAUACAAGACGGAGAACACCAGACUCAAGUCCGAGAUCGAAACACUCGAGGAACGUGUUGAGACGUCCACUAUGAACAUUGGAGCCGCCCCCGCCAACUGGGAGAGCGAACGCCACAUCUUGCAAGAGAAGAUCGAAGCACUGGAGGAAGAAUUGCAAGCUUCAACCGAAAAGCUUGAGGACCAGCUGAAUACGGUUAGAAACGAGUUGGCGGAGAGCAAAAAGCAACGCGAAGGCGCCCUCAAGGACGCCGAGGAGGCUUCUCGCAAGCUUGCCGCCAACCGUCGUGAUUUGGAGGAGCUCCAACAAGAGAACACUCUCCUUGAGCGUCGAGCUCAGGAUGCCGAGGAAAAGGUAUCACUCCUUCUGGACCAAGUCGAGACAUCGGUCGACAGUUACCGUCGACAGAGCAGACAGGCACCUAGCAUGACGUCCGAGUUGACGGAGAGAGGCACCAACGGAACGAGCAUGGGUCAUCAGCGCCAGGACAGCUCGGAUGCAGACAGCGCCUACGGGGCUGUCUCGGGCGGAGUCGAUGGACGCAAUAGUACCGCGUUGGACAACCUGGCAAACGAGCUCGAGACUCUGCGAACCCAUUGGGAAGCCACCAACAAGAACUACCGCCUGAGCAACACUUUCGAUUUCGAGGGCGCUGCUACCCCAACGCGCAAGGAGGAGGAAGUCGGGCUGGGUCUGAGCGAGAGCCUGGCUGACUGGCGCAAGCGACUUGACGUGGACGAGCAAGCGGAGAACGAUCGAGCGAAGAUGAAGAGCCGACCUGAUCGGCCUUAGUCUGGCGUUCUGCGACGCAUGAACUCUCGCUUCUCCACAUGACAACCGCCAGGCGUUUGCUACUUAUUGUACAUUCUGUGAUUGCCAUCGGACAGCAGUUUGCGCAGGUGGAAGGAGUUAAGGAUUUUGGGAUUUUGGUUCUUAUGCGUCGGCUCUGUUCUUCGUUUCGCAAUGAUUCCACGUAUUCAUGACGAAACAACCUUCGCUUAAUCCCCCCGUCCCUGAUAUUAUAUUCUGCGUCUUUUUUCCCUUUCCUUUUCAUUUUCAAUUUUUUUUUUGCUGUUCCGAGUUCAUGGGUUCUUCUUUUAAACUGAUGAUACACUACACAAAACGGCCGCCCCCUGCUUGCUCUUAGCCGUGGACGCAAAUGUCAUUUCUAUUCUUCAGAGUGGGUGGAUAAAUAUGGUCGAGCCUGAGCAUACGUGCCUAGCUCUUCUCCCCCCCUUCUUUUUUCCCUUUUAAGAUAAUGUACAAUAACUGCUGUUCCCCCCCACUUUCUCAAGGAAGCUCAGUGUCGACGCGGAGGACUUUGGUGUCGUCAGGAUGUAAGGCCCAACAAGAAGAAGCGUACGCAGCGCACGGUAUGUGUUGAUGAUGGAAUCAGCGAGAUGAGCAGGGGCUGGCUUGAAAUGGGAAAAGACAUGACAGUAAGGGAUCGACAAGGGAGACUCUUGCGCUUCUCCUUACGGCUUUCACAACAUGCUUGUUAUUUCACUUCACCGGAUUUGCUAGCGGCUUGAGGAGGAGAGCUGACGAUGAGGAACUGGUCAAUGAUGAGACGAUUGCUA